GACAUCAUAUUUUUCCCCAAAGUUUACUUCACAAAAAAGAGGUAUGAUCUGAAAAUCCCAAUUGAUUUUCUCCAUAGGGGAACUGAUAACUGAAGUUUAAUAGGGAUGUAACAGUAUGAAAAUUGUACUGGAAACCAAGUUUUAUAUUUUACAUCAACAAACAACAAAUAAAAGGACUUUUUUGUUUGCAUAAUCACUAAAACAACAACAGUAGCCUAACAAAGACUGGAUUUUAAAUAAAAACAUGACAUGACUUUAUGCUGGUCAUGUUGCUGGUCAAGGAUCAAAACAUACCAACCAGCAUAUGCUUUUUUUUUUUUUACCAGGGGUUCUGGGUGUUCCUAGUGGCUGUGAGUGUUGCGUUGCAGUGGCUGGGGUGUUUUGAGUGGUUGUCAGUAUGUUGCUGUGUGGUUGCUAGAGUGUUCUGAGUGGUGAGUGUGUUGCUGUUCUGUUGCAGAGAUGCUCUAAAUGGCUCCAUUAGAAAGCAAGAAGAUCUAAAUGAGAGAAUAAUGAAACUGCUGAGAGAAUUGAUUGCUGAUUAAAUUCUGUAGUGAAUGAUUUGGAAAUAUUAAGACUUCAAACUACUGCUCUCACCUCUAAUGUUUUUUAAAGUAAAAUGCUGUUUGUAUGUGCAUCUAGUCAGAGGUGAGAACAGCUGAAACCAUGUGUUGCUAAUUUAGAGAACAUAUAUUGUUUGGGGGAUGCAUUUGCAACAUGUUUGCAGUUUAAUCUUCUAAAAUGUCAAUUGCUAUAUAGAAGUGUUGUUUUGUGGCUCAGAAAGUGUGAUAUAAAGCCAUAUAAGGGUAUGUGUUUUCCUCAAGUUACUGAAGGUGUAACUAAAAUGGAAAUAGGCUUGCUUGUUCAUGUAGGCGCUACUGUAAUUUUACAUUUUGAACUUUUGAUACUCUGAGCCAAUAAACUACAGUGAAGGUCACACAUAUGGUGUGCUUAAGAUUACCAUGGCAACUGGGAACCCUUCUCACAAAGAGUUAUAUGUGUGUGUCUUUACAAAAUGCUUGACUUAUAUGGGAGUGAAAGGAGGAGAAUUUUGAAUGUUUAUGCUGACUCUAUAAUGGUAGUUUUGGGUCAUUCUCCUUGCCACAACUCGGGUGAAGACAUUCUCACUAUUAUUUUGAAUUUAUUUCUUAAGAGUUAUUGUUUUAAUAAACCAAAACCAUUUCAAAUGGUGAUUUGUUUAAACCUCUCUUAAAAUAAGACUCAGAGCGGUUCAUUAUUAUAAGCUAUUAUCUGAACCUGAAAGGGUUCAGCAAUGUCCAGUUAAGCUCUAAGUUGAUCUGGUUAGGACAUCACCAAAGAUGAUUGAACAGCUGACCCACGUACCCUGUCCAUCAGACCUGCAGAAAGAUGUUACCAGUGGUUUUAUUUUUCUCCCUUUUGUUUCUGAAACCAGUAGCUACCAAUGAGGGUCUUGGUGGAAAAAUGCUUGUGUUUCCAAGUAAGUCUUCAAGCAGUUAUGUUGAACUCACUCCUGAAAAGCCAAUGAGUCUUUCAGCAUUUACACUCUGCAUGCGUGUCACGACGGAGCUCUGGGAUGUGAGGGAGAUCAUUCUGUUCGCCUACCGCACACCUGACACGGAUGAGCUGAACGUGUGGAAAGAGAAAGACGGACGUUUUUCCUUGUAUUUUCAGUCUAGCCACGAUGGAGUGCUUUUCAAUCUGACUCUUCCCUCCCCCUAUCAUACUCACCUGUGCGUCACCUGGAACUCUGCUAAUGGUCUUACUGCCUUUUGGGUGGAUGGACGUCGCAGUUCAUUACAGGUCUAUAAAACAGGUCAUAGAGUUCGUGCAGGUGGAGUUGUCCUGCUUGGCCAAGACCCUGAUGAUUAUCUUGGUGACUUUGACCCUGAGCAGAGCUUUGUUGGAGAAAUGAAAGAUGUGUACAUGUGGGAUUAUGUUCUCUCUGACAAUCAGAUUAAGGCGGUUUAUUCAAACCAGGAAUCAUCUAUGCCGAAAGGAAAUGUGUUAAACUGGAACACCACCAAAUAUUAUGCUCAUGGAAAUGUGGUAGUGGCAAAUGAUUAUACACUCAUAAUACAUUUCUGUCAGCCUCUAUAGUCUCAUGCAUCUUUGGAAUCUGUUCAUCUGUUUUAAUGACUUACAAAGCUGUAAACGCUAA